UAUUUCAACGUCCGAGCUUUUACAUUGUCGCAAACCCGUGUGUCGUGAAGCACGCCGCCCCAGUGAAGAUGGCGGCUGAGCUGCACCCGCGCAGCGGAAAGCUGAUCGGCCUGUCGAAUUCGAACCGAACCGCUCAACGUAACCAACCAGUUCAGGAAUUUAACCACGGGUUGGUUCUAAGCAGGGAGCCGCUAAAGGACCGGGAUGUAUUCACCGUCCGUAUUGACAAGAAGGUGAACUCGUGGAGUGGCUCAAUAGAGAUUGGGGUAACGGCCCUGGACCCGGCUGCUCUCGACUUCCCCAGCAGCGCCACCGGCCUGAAGGGAGGCUCCUGGAUUGUCUCUGGCUGCUCAGUGCUAUGUGACGGGCGCUCCGUCCUUGAGGAGUACGGCCGGGACCUAGACCAGCUGGCUGAGGGGGACCGCGUGGGCAUACAGCGGAGCGCCCGCGGUGAGCUCCACCUGUGGGUGAACGGGCAGGACUGCGGCGCGGCUGCCAGCGGUCUCCCAGCUCGUCUCUGGGCUGUAGUGGACCUCUACGGCAAGUGUACCCAAGUGACGGUGGUGAGCUGCGAGCCUCCCUCCUCCACGGAAAGAGACACGGUGAGGGAGACGGAGAGCGAGAGGGAGACGGUGGAGGGCCAUGAGGAGGAUGGGGAGGAAGAGGAGGUGUUGGUGUGCGGGGUGAGGGAAGGGGACGUCAGGGGUCUGAUGUUGGCGGGGAACCUGGCCGCGGCAACAAACGGAACAGCAGAGGAAGUGCUGGAGCUCCCUCCUAGUCACAACCGACCUGACAAAUUCCCCAACAACCUAGAGCCUGAAACUGUUCUGACGGAGCACCAGCUGUUUGAUGUAUUCAACAACACCAUUGUGUCUCUCUACCGCUCUGAUGACGAUGGGGGUGGGGGGGACACCGGGGGGGGAGGUGGGGGGACAGACUCUGGAACAGGAACUGGAGGCGACAGGGGGAGCAGCAGUGGAGGCGGAGCGUUCAACAGCACCAGCGCCUACAGUGACAGCGGAGGUGGAUCCGGCAACACCGGGAGCACCAAUAACAGCCCUGCAGGCACCGGAGGGGCGGGACUCGGGGCGGUGCUGGGAGGGAUGACGACCAAUGACGCGCUGCUGUUUCACGAGAAGUGCGGUACGCUGAUCAAACUGAGCAACAACAACAAGACCGCGGAGAGGCGACGGCCGCUGGACGAGUUCAAUAACGGUGUGGUCAUGACCAACCGGCCACUUCGACACAACGAGAUGUUCGAGAUCCGCAUUGAUAAACUGGUGGACAAGUGGUCGGGGUCCAUUGAGAUCGGUGUGACAACACACAACCCCAACAACCUGGACUACCCUGCCACGAUGACAAAUCUGCGCUCGGGUACAAUCAUGAUGAGUGGCUGUGGAAUUCUGACUAACGGCAAGGGAACCCGUCGGGAGUACUGUGAAUUCAGCCUGGACGAACUACAGGAAGGGGAUCACAUCGGUCUGAUGCGGAAGGCCAGUGGCGCUCUCCACUUCUACAUCAACGGCAUCGACCAAGGCGUGGCGGCAGCCCAGACGCCUGCAGUGGUCUAUGGCGUGGUCGACCUCUACGGCAUGGCGGUCAAGGUGACCAUCGUCCACAACCACAACCACAGCGACCGGCUGCGCCGCAACAAUGCCAUCAUGCGGGCUCUGUCGCCAGACGUGGGCCGACCCCGGCCCUCCCUCUCCCUCACCCCGGACCCCGACGCGCCCGACCGCCUCCUCUUCCACUCUAACUGUGGCCAGAAGGCGGCCAUCAUCAGUGAUGGCAGGACAGCGCUCCGCCCUCACGCGACGGAUGACUUCAACCACGGUGUGGUCCUGAGCGGUCGCCCGCUGCGCUCCAACGAGGUGUUCCAGGUGCGCAUCGACAAGAUGGUGGACAAGUGGGCGGGUUCCAUUGAGAUUGGCGUGACCACUCACAACCCUGCCUACCUGCAGCUGCCGUCAACCAUGACCAACCUACGCUCAGGAACGUGGAUGAUGACGGGGAAUGGAGUGAUGCACAAUGGAACCACAAUACUGGACGAGUACGGACACAACCUGGACCGACUCAAAGCGGGGGACACAGUGGGGGUUGUGCGUAAGGAGGACGGGAGCCUCCACUUCUUCGUGAACGGGGUGGCACAGGGCCCGGCAGCGUGGAACGUCCCCCCGAGCGUCUAUGCCGUGGUGGACCUCUACGGCCAGGCCGCGCAGGCCACCAUUAUGGAUGACAUGGCGGACCUCCCCCCACUCCCUGAAGACAGCUCGGAGGGCCCCAGCGCCAUGUCUCCGGGCAGCCCAUGCUCGCUAACCGGGGGCGACAAUGCCAACGACCUGCGUUUCCACCAGCUGCACGGCACCAACGCGGUGAUCACCAACGGGGGUCGCACCGCCCUCAGACAGAACUGCCGCUCCGAGUUCAACGACGCCAUCGUCAUCUCCAACCGGUGCCUUCGAGACGGCGAGCUCUUCGAGAUAGUCAUUCAGAAGAUGGUGGACCGUUGGUCGGGGUCAAUAGAAGCAGGAGUCACUGCAAUCCGUCCCGAAGAGCUGGAGUUUCCCAACACCAUGACCGAUAUAGACUACGACACCUGGAUGCUCAGCGGCACGGCCAUCAUGCAGGACGGCAACACCAUGCGGAACAACUACGGCUGCGACUUGGACUCCCUGACCACGGGCAGUCGGAUUGGCAUGAUGCGCUCGGCCGCCGGAGACCUCCACUACUACAUCAACGGGGUGGACCAGGGCGUGGCAUGCACGGGGCUGCCGCCAGGUAAAGAGGUGUAUGCGGUCAUUGACCUGUAUGGCCAGUGUGUCCAGGUGUCCAUCACCAGUUCGUCCGGACCACUGGACAACAGCCUGACCACCAGCAACAUCACAGAGAAGAGCUUCCCCAUACAAUCUCCAGUGGCGGGUGUUGCCCACCGACUCCACAGUAAGCACGGUAAGAACGCUGUGCUGCUGGGCGAGGGGUGCCAGGCGGUCCGGGUGGGAGGAUAUGCCCAUGGCAUCGUCUUCAGCGCCAAGGAACUGAAAACCGACGAGCUGUUUGAGGUAAAGAUUGACGAGGUGGACGACCAGUGGUCUGGAUCGCUCCAUGUGGGCCUGACCACACUAGCACCCCCAGAGCUGCCCUCCUGUCCCAUGUCCGGCCUGUCACCCUCCCUCACACAGCUUCGAGCCAAGGUCACCUGGCUACUUGCGGGGUCAGAGGUCAGACGAAACGGUGUGCUGCAGAGACAAAACUAUGGUGCUUCCCUGGACAGACUAAUGGUGGGGAACCGGGUGGGCGUGAAGAGGUGCAGCGACGACACGAUGCACGUUCUGAUCGACGGCGAGGACAUGGGCCCGGCAGCUACCGCCGUGGCCAAGAACGUCUACGCUGUGCUAGACCUGUAUGGGCGCGUGACGGCAGUGUCCGUCGUUAGCUCUUCAGCGACGGAGGACACGGAGAGUGUCAAGGCCCCCUCGCUCUUAUCCGACAGCUGCAGUGACGGAGAGGACGACAGCACACCGGUUGAGUGUCGAGAGCCGGCCCUGGUGUCCAACACCGUUAUGGCCUUCCUGGAGAACCAUGGGAAAAACAUACAGCUGUCCAAUCAGAACCUGACGGCCGCCCGCGUCUCCAGCUACAACCAAGGCCUCCUGGUCACAGCACAACCCCUUCCCCCGCUACAGCUGUUCCAGUUCCAGAUCGACCGCCUGAACCUGUCAUGGACGUCGUCCUUAUCCCUAGGGGUGAUAGGCCACUCCCCCGACCGCCUCAACUUCCCCUCUGCGGCGUGCUGUCUGAAACGCUCAGCCUGGCUGCUGCAGAGAGACUCCGUCUUCCACAAUUCACUGAAGAUCUGUGAGAACUACGGGCCGAACCUGGACACGUGUCCGGAGGGGACCAUCCUGGGUCUGCUGGUGGAUGGGAACAGCUGUCUCCACCUGUAUGUGAACGGCAUGGACCAGGGGGUGGCGGCCCAGGACAUCCCCACCCCCUGCUACCCCCUCAUAGACCUCUACGGACAGUGUGAACAGGUUACCAUAGUUACCAACAACGUGCCAACCGUGGGAAGGGACAGGGGCGAGGCGGGCUGCCAAGGCGACAUGGAGAAGGCCGACAUGGUUGAUGGAAUUAAAGAGAGUGUGUGCUGGACGCCCCCUCCAGAGGUCAACCCAAACAAGACCUGUGAAUACCAGGCCCUGUGCUCACGCUUCAAGGACCUGCUCACACUGCCUGAUGGUUACUUUAAGGAAGAUGCCAAGUCAAACCUGUGUUACUGUGAGUCUUGUCAUAAGCUGCGGGGUGACGAGGCCUACUACAAGAGGGGGGAGCCUCCCCGGGACUAUGCCCUGCCCUUCGGCUGGUGCCGCUUCGCUCUGAGGAUCAAGCCCCACUGCGAGGUGUCCAAUGCCUUUAAGAAGUGGCACAUAGCCUACCAUGGCACAAACGUAGGAGCUCUCAGACGCACGCUGGACCACGCCCAACUGCUCUCUGGGAUGUCGUCCAUCUUCUCGGCGUCUCCGCUGAAGACGGACACUCCGAACGGUUACGGCGAGGCGGAGAACAGCAACAGCCUCCCGGACCGGGACGGAGACAAGGAGGUUCCCCGAGUCCAGCUCUCCCCCACCAUGCGCUACUCCGGACUGGAAAUGUUCGCCCCCAAAGUGCAAUUCCGGGACCCUCGUUCCCUCCGCUGUCACCAGGCCCAGGUGGGUUUCCAGGUGUGUGUGCGGCCGGGAUCCUACAAGGUGGGGCCCCAGACCCUGGGGGUCAGCGAGCCCCUGGACCCCCGCUUCAGCAACGCUGAGAUCGAGUGGCUGAUCAAGGAGAAGGGCUGCACCGUCCUCUACGGUCUUCUCGUACGGGUGGAGUGAUGGAGGGAUGACCAGAGGAAUGGAUGGAGAUGGAGGAGAGGGGAAUAGGUCCUAUUCCGCUGGUGCCUCUACAACCUCCACUCUGUCAACCCAUUUCCAGACUUUGAGACACUUUGGAGUUUUGGGAAAAUCCCUCCUGUUCCUGUGAGGAUUGUUGACAUUAACAAAUGAGCGGUUCCCCCCCCCUUCGUUUUGGACAAAGUCCGUUUGUUGAUUUGACUCUGUAAGGAGAGCGUGGAUUCAAAGGAAAACAAGACGGACACUGCCUGCACUUUAUGUUUGGGACACUUCGUAGGCGAUUUUUAAUCAACUUUUCAUGCAAAAUGCAACACUUCUUUGGUAACCACCGUGUUUCUGUUAGCACCGUCUCCCUCCCUCUCUUGUCCCGUCUCGUCUCUAGCUCUAGUUUUUAUCACCCCUUUACCUCAGACCCAUCACUCACUUUUGGUUUUGAAGCACAGGGGUGUUGGUUCUUCUCAGUUCUCCUGUGAAAAGGCAAAAAGUGCACAACCGGCGACGUUGCAUUUCAAGACUUGGACCGUUUGUUGAACCACCUCGCAGCGGCGACCACCAUCGACACCCACCAUCGCCUGUAGCGCAGCACUGUCACUGAAUUUCACUUUUUAAAACUAGACUUAACCACGGGUCAGAAUUAGAAGAGCGAUGGAUCAAAGAAUGACCCAAAAGUUAAAAAAAUGAGAAUAAUGGAGGGGGGGGGUGUAACUAAUCAGGAUAAUGUCCUGAUAGCAUCUGUAGAAGGUUUAGAGGAAUUAACUUGGACUGGAGAAAAAUGUUUACAGGUGUAACACUAACACUGUCUGUCUACAUGUGUCCUGUCUCAGACUCUUCCUCUCCAUCUCUCAUCCAUUCACCACUGUCUGUUCUCUUUGUCAGUGGGAAGCACUUCUCCAAGGGCACUGUCCUCCCAAGAACAGGCCACGUUGCAGCUAGAGUACAGAUAUGUACAUGUUCUGGUUCCGAAAAAAAAAGAGUAGUCUACCCUUUGGUCUGUGUUUUGCCAGCGAAGCAGGCUGCAUCCAGCGUCCUCUCCUCGGACCUGGUCUCCUUUUUCGACAUCUGCACUAAUCUGAAGACAUAGUUAAUUAACAUAGAAUGGAGGAACAUUUCUGGGAAUGUACUUUCACGUCACAUUUCAAUUUCUUCAGAUCAGGGCAGGCGGAAGGAAGGAAAGUGGAUUGACUGGAGGACGAACACCGGCGAGAUGUUGAAUGUUAUUUUAACGGGUCAGUUUGGCCAUUGAGCUUCUCCCUGAUUCUCCCCCAUCACUGCUACGUCCCGGUGUGGCGUGCCAAAGUCUCUGGGAUUCUACUCGUUGUAGAGAGGGAGUACCAGGGAUGUGUUCAGCGGGGAGAAAAACGUUUCCAAACAGGGAUUGGUUCGACUGCAAACCUGUCCAACAAGAGCGCAGAUUUCCGUUUUCCUUAGCAAAAAUAUCACGCUACGGUGUGCCUUACUGAACAUUUUCCUGACGCAUAAAAGGCCCCAGUUCGAUUCGGUGUCAGCUAGUGACCAGUACGGGCCCAGACCUGAAGAUGUCCCUCUGCUCAUUCUGUCCUUUUCUGAAGCUAGUUAAGGAGGGAAACGUUGCGGAACGUAGCAGAUGUCCAUCUUUCAACGAUGUGCCCUACCGCACGUGACCGUAUCCACAUGUCAUUGUUUACAUUCGAGUUUUGUUCAGGUCUUCCUCUUUGAUCCAUCCAUUCUAUCCUCGUUGACCAGGAAGGAAUGUUUAGAGCCAAUCACGUCUUAGGGGGGCGUGCCCAUGCAAAGGCUCUUAAGUCUUUCUUUACAAAAUUCAGGCCCUGGUGCUGGAGUUUACAUUGCAAAUGUGAUUCAUUAGGGUUUUAGUUUUCUGUAGUCUGCUCUUCCCCACUCAAAUUACAUUACUAAGAUUAUCGACACAUGGGUUCAUUCAUUCCUGAUCCAAAUAUUCACAAUAUUUGAUUGUACGUGGAUAGCUGUCCAAAGUGUAUCAUUGUUUAAUCGUUCAGUUCAUUCUGUUGCCAAUCAGUUUUACUUACAUAUGCAUCCUUAGCCCCGCCAUCUUGCCAAGACAUUGUUUUGACAAAGUAAAGGAAAAUUGUGGUUUUAGUGAAUUUAAGGUUCAGCAGACGUUCCUCCCACAAGACUGUGUACAACCUAAUUUAUUGCAAAAAGCACUGGGGUUUGGAAAAAAAGAACUUGCUUGCAACGUCCAAUCAAAAUGUGAAAAAUAUAUGGGGUUGUUUAAAAGCCCAGUGCUGCUUUUUACGGUCAUUUGUAUUGUUUGUUCUUUUUUUUUCCUUCUGUAUGUUGCGUUGUACAGGCUGUUACACAACAUGAAAUCAUAUCUUCCUGAUUUGUAAAAAAAAUAUAUAUAUACCGACAGACAGUAUGCACAGUA